AUUAUUUGGACAGACGAAAUGGAACACAAACUAUGGCAAUACAUGAGUCAAAAGAAUACAGAUUGGAAGGUUAUUGCAGAAGAAUUAGGUGUACCCACUUCUUAUAUCGUUCGUCAUGCGGCUUUUAUUUACGAAACUCAGCUUCGUGGUCUUCACCAACAGCUUAGGAACGUGAAUACAAAUAGCAUGAGCAGAAACAGUGCAAAGAGCCCUGCACCGUCUUCCAAAAGACCUCCUUCUGUUCGGUACUCGGAUACAUUUCAACAACCUUACGAUGGCUCGAUUUCGCCUAUACAAACCCCACUUUCCCCACAACCCAUGACUCGUUCACCGUCACAAAGUCUAUACCAAAGUUCGUCCAGCCGACUCAACACAAAAAGCUUUUCGGAUGACGAAGAACAGGAAUUUAGUACGCAUUUUCAGCGAAUGCAAGUGCAAGUGGAAGAACCUGCGUUUUUACCACGAAGAUCGGCAGGUAGUACAAGUAAUUUAACAAGCAGCCGUCAACAAAUAUCGCAAUCUAUUCAAAAUCUCAAGAAGGAUACUUCUCCCAACAUCAUCAAGACCUCAUCUUCCUCAUCCGAAAAUCAAAGUGCCAUUCAUUCAAGUACAUCUUCUUUUAGUGACAUUUCUGAAUCCUCUGUCACACAAUCUGCUAUGGAAGAUGCCUUCAUUUUAAACUUUACUCACGGAUCAAAAACAUCAUCAUUGGGACUUUCCCGUAAACUCAGAGAAUAAACACAUGUACAGUUUUUAUUUAUAUAUAUUCAUUUUUCUUGUCUUUUUUGGUCUUCUUUACUUCUUCUCCUUC